GGCGGGGCUGUAGAAGGGCGCGCUUCUUGCUCAUUGGCUGACGGGUCGGCGCGCUCCGAUUUCCGCUGAGCGCGGGCGGAGACCACAACCAUGGAAGGAGCUAGCUCCGGCUUUCAGAAGGAGCUGGUGAGCAGACUGCUGCACCUGCACUUCAGGGACAGCAAGACCAGAGGUGCGGGGUGCCCGUUGGAGGGUGGGGAAGGGGUGGGAUGCAGGGAACUGCCCCUUACCCUGUUCUUCCUCCUGGCAGUCAGCGGGGAUGCCCUGCAGCUCAUGGCAGAGCUGCUGAGGAUCUUUGUCACAGAAGCCGCUGUCCGCGGGAUCCGGCAGGCCCAGGCAGAGGACGCCGCCCUUGUCGAUGUGGACCAGCUGGAGAAGGUCCUCCCACAGCUGCUCCUGGACUUCUAGGGGCUUCCUCUGAGCUACGUGGCCUGAAGGGCGUGGUGCACACUGCCACCUGAGUGUGGAGUUUUCCGGCCUUAGAUGCUGCCAGGACCCCAGCAACUACCAAGCUCCUGGUGUCCUCUGCUUGCCGCUCAGGGAAUGGAGGACGAGGGCCUUGUCUGCCUCUGGCCACAGCUAGCUCAGGUGGCCACAGUGUUUUAUAAAUAAACCAGCUGAUGGCAGCACUGCUUUCUUGCCACCUAA